AUGUUGUCGUCCUGGUGCUCCUGUUGCAAUUCGACGUGUUCCUGUGAACCGAUAAGAUCCUGGAGUCGUAGGGAAACAGCCGGAGACGUGAGUCAUUUGGUUCAGGAAGAGGACCAACUCGGAAUUGUCGCGGACCGAAUCAGGAUGAACCAGGAUAUUGCACUUUUGAGAGAACAGUACAACUGCACUAAAGAGAAACAAAAGCGCCAGACCCCGGUGGUUUUAUUCAGACAAGGUAGGCAUCGCUUUCGAUGAGUGCUUUGCGUGCAUGGUAUGCACACAAGCAGUUUUGUUCAAAGUUUUGUCUGGCGUGUCGCCGCUAGUAACAGGUUGUUGUUACAUUGUCGCCGAUAUUGCGAGUCCUUGGUUAUUUGUUGCAACAAAGCAUCUAUAAUGGAUUUAUAUCAUGUGAAUUUGAGUAGUUUUGACCGCAUUAGUCUUGGCUACUUUUGUUUGUUAGUACAAAAGCUUUUCAUGAUAGUCUGCUUUGAGCAAGAAAAAUGGCAGUUAGGCUAUAGGUAGCCAGUAGACCUGACCUGCUUGCUUGCUUACAGCUGCGCUAGGGUCGGACAGACGUCCUGUGUAGACACCUGUGGAGCCCCUGCAUGAUAUGAAAACAUACCUAAAUCCAGGGAUGAUAAAUGCCUUGUACUUUAAAUUGUCCCAUUCAAAUAACAUUUUCUUUGUCACAUGCACCAAUGGAAUAAAACAGGUGUAUACUUUACCAUGAAAUGCUUACUUAUGAGCCCUUUCCCAACAAUGCAGACUUAAAAAGUAAGAACAUUUGCACAUGGAAAAUAGUAACACAAUACAUAACAAUAACGAGGCUAUAUACAAGGAGUACCAGCGCAAGUCAAUGUGCAAGGGUACAAAUUAGUUGAGGUAAUAUGUACAGGAAGUCUAUCCAAACCUAGUGCAGCUGUAAGCAAGCGGGUUGGAUCUGCUGCAUUGGCUAUAGGCUUCUGGAAAUGUGUGUGUGUGGUCAUUUGAACAUGAGCUAUAUUUUUGUUACAAUAGCAUGACUGCAUCAGUAAGCACUUUUAUUUUUUGCUGGAAGGUUGAUUGCAAAUGUCUGUACACCUGUCUGUACUUUUCCAUUCUAUUUCCUGACAGUAUCAGCUGAUGAUGCAGCAGAGAUCAGUGGGAAAGCCCUGGUCAAUGUGGUCCUGGUCAAGCAGGAGAUGAAGAGCACACCUGAGAGGAAGAGGUCGGUGUCAGAGGCUGAGAUUGAUUUUGUUGGGGACCUUGAGAGAACCCCAUGGCACACACACUUGGGAAUCCACCGACGGACCAACGGUAUCAUAGCACCUCAUCCAAACCCCACAAUCACCGGCAGCAAUUCUUCGAGUUUGACUUCGCUAUCUGAGGACUGUCCUGAGACGUCCAGUGACAAAGUCUUGGGGGAUUCUACUUCUAUCCAUUCUGAAGAGUUGAGUACCAGUAACAGCAUUUCAGGCUCCCGGAAGUUCUCAGCCCCAGCCGUUUUGUCCAGACAACUGAGUUUUGGGGGCCAGCGGCCGCCUCUGCUCUCCUUCAGCCCCCUUCACCACUACCCCUUCCCCCAGAGAAAAGAGCCCAAGAAGUCAGAGGCUGCCAGGAGACUUGGGAUGUACUCAUCAUUCUGAUAAGAGAGAGAGUCUGCAAUAGUGCAAUAGAUAAUGUGUUCUAUGUUUCUGCAUUAAAACCAAUCUUGUUGAGUUGCUAUAAGGACAUUUGCUAUACACCCAUUUAAAUGUAAAUAAUGUAAUGUAAGUUGCUGUGCCUUACCCUGUAUUGGACCCAUAUGUUAACGUUUGAGUUUCAUCUCAUUGGAGCCUAAAUGUGUUUGAUUUGAGAAGGGAAUAUAUUUUCCCCAGUGAGUCUGCAAGACUAUGUGCCACUGAACAAAUAUGAGGUGAAAAUGACUGAUUAUUCUCUGGUGUGCAUAGCCUAUUAUUGUCAUACAGUAAGCUGAAUCCCAGCAAUCCAGAUGGAAUGUGCAGACAGUGUGAUGAUUCAUUGAUUUAAAUAUCUAUGUACAGUAGGCUACUUCUAGAUGCAUAUUGAAUAUUAAAAAAUCCCAUCAAAACUGUUUGAGUAAUUUUAAAAGGUACCAUGCUUCUGCAAUUCUGUGUUGUCAUUUGUG